AUGACCCAACUGGUUGUUCACUGGUUCGCGUGCAAUCACUUCUACCCUGAAUGGAGGUCCAGCACGGUACCUUAUUGGGCACCCUCUGGGAGUAUCCUCCGUCCCACAGCUGCAUUGCACGCCUACGAUUGCUCUGUCUGCCUUGAUCCACCAAGCAAGAUCCAAGAGGCACGAAAGUCCGUUCUGAUGUCCGCCAAUGCCCUCUCAGAAAUCAUCGAUAUUCCCGUUAGCGAUGGCGGAUUCAUUCACGGGGUCAUUCGAUUCUAUGCCCGAGGCGACCAUCUAAGAUGGCUGCAGCCGCCUACCCGUGAUGCUAAGUUUUUGGCUCCCGACCCAUAUUUACAUUCUUUGAUGAUGGAAUCGUGGAGGCAGACGUUGGGCGAAAUGCACUUCUGGACUAGGGCUGGCUAUCUCUUCGAUGUUGUUUUGGCUGAAGUUAAGCGGUCGGAGCCAGACAACUACGAGUUCUUGAAUUGGUCGGGGACAAACUAUAUGCCAACUUGUCCGUACUAUUAUGUGUCGAUGUCACCAAUGGUGCAGCCCGUUGUCAGGUCAGCGCAGGGUUCUGUUGAUGCAGCUCAGAGAUCUUCCCGGAUAUCACAGGAUCCUUCCAAUCUAGUACAGACACCUUUGCAUUCACCAGAGUUUAGUGAUGAUUCGACACGGUCUUCAUUCAAUACAGCCCAUACUGCUUCUUCAUGUCAGAGCUUUUCUUCCCCCGUGAGCCAGAGUCCCUGCCAUGAGGAUGUCAUACAGCAGGUAGGUGCCCAGAACAAUGCCACUACGGCUGUGCAGAAUGUCCAGACCUCCCAGGUGUCUCUGCCGUUUGUGAGAAUGGAUCCCUCCGUGACCCUAGAUGAUCCGUUCGUUAUCGAGCCUAUUUCGGCGGAGCGUAGCUGGUCAAUGCAAGACCACAUUGCCGACAUGAAGCGUCAAUUUAGACUACCCGGGCCAAUGGUGAGGAAUGCAUCACCGAGCUUUGAUUCUCCAACACCUUCAACUACUGAAAGGAUCUCGGCGAGAGAAAUCAAUCGAAGGAGAGAUUCAGAGAAGCUCUACAACCCCACGCCGCUGGCCAAUGAUACUACUGCAUCUUGCGAUGAUGAAACCUGGUCUAUGGAAGAUGCAUCCGAGAAAGAUGCAUCGGUAUCAUCUUUCAAAGACGCAGUUGAGGCUCAUUCCGACUCUGCGUCUUCCACCGCUACCGGCCCCGUGGUGGCUUCGAAGAACGAUGAUGAUCAAAGCUCACCCAAGUGCAAUACUAGUGAUACUCAGCCUACCACAUGCACAACAGUCAAUCCCUCCUUACUCAUGUUUGAAAGCAGCCACAAGACGUAUCCCACUAUUGAACCUUCGUAUGAGGUUGCUGCAAGCAGACCUCGAUCACUCUCGCCCGUGCAAAAUCUCGAACGUGAGCUUCAAGUUGGCUCCAUAGGUGGCAAGGAUGUGGAAGAUGCAGGCUCACUAUCUUUCAACAACGAAAUGGAGGAAGGCUCUGAGAUGGAUCUAUUUUCCGCUUCUUUGGACCAGUAUACUGCAGAGCAGCUGGCUUCGCGGCAACUCACAAGGACUCCAGAAUUAGAAGAAAGCAACCCGAAUGAAUAUGGAUUUGGAUUUGGGUUUCAACACAAUUUGUUUGAUGGAUUUGACUUUUUUCUACCGGAAGAUCAAUCUGAACUACCUUUGGACUCGAAUAUGAUAAUGUGA